CACAGCACCAUCUUCCUUCGUUGGCCACCGUAAUCACCUUCGCACUACUGCUCACCCUCGAGUGUCAAGACCCAUAAACCCGCCACCAUGUUCGCCCGGAUAGCCCGUGAGCACCACCAAAAGCAAGCCGCCGACAAGCUCACCACCGACCACCUCCAUAAAGACGCCACGACUUCCACAACCCACCUAACCGAUUCCCUCGCGGACUCGCUAAAUCUCCGCAUCGCCCUCGCCUUCAAAACCGAACGCGACAUCGAAGCCGAGUCCAAACGCCUCGCGGCCGCCAUCGGGACCUAUGAGCGGCAGACGCGGGCGUGGAUCGCGAUCGUGGGGGAGUUCAAUGACGCGUUGAAGGAGUUGGGCGAUAUCGGGAGCUGGGCGGGCGCGGUGGAGAGGGAUUUGAGGGAUACGUGUGAGGUUGUUGAGAGGGCCGCUGCGGCAGGGGGGAGGGGGUGAUGUGGAGACGGAAGGGGAGAUUGAUGAAUCGAUGUGUGGAUAUGAAACUUGGAUGCCAGUCCCGGUCUCUGACGUUCGGACCGCGCGAGGGAUACAAAUGCCGAUCCUCUGGCCUCGAUUGGGGCAAGGGCAUUCGUACUCCUGCUGACGGAACCCCCGACGAUGGGGCGAUCCUCCGCUGUUGACAUGCUUCAUCGCGAAAACCGACGCUGAUCAGAGGCUUCUAGUUUUUGGGGACAAGGGCCAUCAAAGAGGGGGAAGAACGAGGGCCGAAUUGGAGUAGUAGAUAUCAUUGCCCUUCGCACAGCGACAUAGGUGUGAUCUAGGUCUAGCGCGGCCGGCUCCUGGCGCGGCGUACAUCUACACCGACUGUACCUUUUUUUUUGGGGGGGGGG